UCUCAACUCACUGCUGAACUCUUCAGCUCAGUAGGUUUCCUCCCUUUACACCCCACUGCUAUAGUCUUCAGCUCAAUAGCUAUUGCUAUACAGUAAGCAGCAGGUCUUAUAUCUGAGCCUAUUUGCUUAGUACCCCGUGGAUCCGAGCUUCUUCCCGUCUCCCACUCGAUUUGAGCUCAUCUGCCCCUCACCGACUUGAUCUGAACUCAUCUGUUAGUUGCUAGCUGAUCUUGACUUAUCUGCUGGUCUUUUCAUCUAUUUGAGUCUGACAUUCGAUUUCCUAGCAACUGCGAUAGUACCUACGUCUGUAACUACACCUAUCACCACAGCUAUCAUCGCCGCUCGCGUUAUCUCAGCAUGCCCUUCAGGACUACUCUUCACCGGCACCUCGAGCUACCUGUUUUGCUUCUUUCUCUUACAGUCUUUGCUCUUUGGUGCUCACUCUCGGACUCGAAUCAUCGCAUUCUUUCAGUGUUGGAUUCCCCUAGCCCCGGUGGACCUGGUCGCACGCUCAUCUGGCUUGGGAUAGUCAGCUUGUCUGCCGUGUUGAUCUGCUACCCUACGGUGACGAUCUCCCUAGCUGUUACGAUACUUCUGGUGGGCUUGCGCUUACCCUGGAAGUUUAUGACUUUGUCGUCGUUUUUCUUCUGAGAAUGAUCGGAUGAGACCGCAGGCAUCCUCGUCAGAGAUAUUCUCUUCAUUGUCUUUGGCUUCCAUCUUCAAUAGUUUCAGAGUGGCGUUUGUUUUUUUUGUGGUGUGUAGAUAUUGAUUUCAUUUUUCUUAGUUCUUAAACUAUGGUAUUUUAUGUUCUGUUAGCGAUGUCGUGUUUGGGCAGGGUAUUCGGUGGAGGUUGCAUCUAAUUUAAUAUAAUAGUUAAUCCUUCUCUCAGCGCACUCUCAUCCACAUCUUUCUGUAAAAUGAGUAACAGCGCGACCACAACAAGUC